CGAUAACCCAUAUAAGACGAACACGAAAUAUUUUUCACUCCCAUCAAAAGCGUGUGAUGAUACGCUCAAACUGCGGGGCAAGGUGUCUUGAGGCAACAAAUGCAUCAUCAUUAUCAAAACGCAGCCAUUGCGAGGUUUAAACCUCAUGGGUUCCUGUCGCGUUUCAUCUUUUUCACAUGAAAAAAAAGGCUCUGUCUCUCUUCUUUUAUUCGCUUUCUAUACUCUCUCUCUCUCUUUACAAGGAACGACACCACUUCAAGCAACUCCCUACGCAAGAUCUCUACAAACGGCGAUACCACCCUCGAAUACCUUCAACACGUUAUCGGUGGUCCUUGCUCAUGCCAUGCUCAUCUCUCAUGCACAUGGCAGUCGUUCCUCAUUCUCUGGCGGCUACCUGGUGUUUCAAGCCCCUUGCCGACGAUACGAACUUACUUUCGACGAUACGAUACGAUACGAUUUCCUUCCUCUUACUUCCCCCUGCCCCAUGUAGCCCUCCGGGACGCAUGGCCCUUGGUUUUGUCGUAUAAUCGUUAGCCUUUUAACGAUUUGGUUUUUCUCCCUCUUCCGGUCAAUGUCUUCCAUACAUGGUCUGUUCCGGAUAAAACAAGGAAGAUUUCUCCAUCCAACCUUGAUCAGCAUUAUUUUCCUCAGAUUAUGUCUUUCAUACAUUUUCCGUUUCGAUGCAACAAGAAAGAU